AGUAUCAGAGAGAAAACCCUUCACACAAGAGCUUAAGUUUUCCGUAGAAGCCACACGAGUUUCUCUUCCUUAGAGAACCGAGAGGAUUCUCCUCUCUCUGAUCCGAUGGAAAGAGCCCCGGAUUCGCAAGGGGCGAGCGGCAAUGGUGACGGGUCUGGAGAAACGUCGACGCCGUCGCAAUCGCGCCCGCGGCUUGAUUUUUCAGUACCGGGGUUUUCCUUGUUUACCGAAGCUUCAGAGGACAUUCUCGGCUUGCGAAGAAGAGAUGCUGCUGAUCGAGCUGGAGACGAUGGAACUGCGAAGGAAGAGAAUGUUCCCGAUGAUGAUCAGACGGCGACGGUCCAAGAUCAAGAAUCAACUGAGGGAUCGCGUCAAAGGGUAGGCGGCGGUGAUGUUGUUGAUGUUCCAAGGGAAAGGGUUGGCGCCGAACAAGAGCGGGAGAAUGUCGUUCCCGAUGAUCAAGCAGCGAGGGUUGAAGGUCAAGAAUCGGCAGAGGGAUCGCGUCAAACGGAAAGCGAGAAUGUCGUCGCAGGCGAAAUGAGCGGAAUCAGCAAUGCUUUGGAAGAUGAGCAACAUGAAGAGGACACUCCUGGUCAUGAUGGUGAUGGAAGGUCGACCAUGAUUUAUGAUCAAACUGAUACGAGUAUGAGGGAGUGGCCAUUAGUCGGGUCCAAACGUGGAAUUGAAGAUCGAAGCGCGGCAAUUCAAGGCCAAGAAUCGAUGCAGAGAUCGCAAGCGAGGAGGGGCGAUGGUGAUGCCGUCGCAAGCAAGAGUGCCGUCGCCGGCGGAUCAACGGAGACGAAAUGGGGACAACUGUUUGCGCGUUUAGUAGAGGAUGGUGAGAAGAUGAAGAGAGCCAAGGAGCAAAAGAGGGAACAAAGGAGACGGAAGCGAGAUGGAGAGGGACCGCAAGCUCCUUAGCAAUGUGAUGCAGUAAUUUUCUUGAAAUCUCUCUCGCAAAAGGAUGAUGAUUUUAGGUUUCUUUCCUCGUGCAUUUCCUUCGUCGUUUAGGGUUUUGUUAGGCACUUCCUUAGUUGGUUUCU